CGUGCAGGACGUGGGGAUGAAAAUUCAAAACCUCUCAGCUCAGUCAUGUCCUCCUAAUUCCUGGACUGUCACAUGCUGCAUACAACAGGAGAAAGAAAGGAUGAGGUGAAUUCGUACAGCACGUUCUGCAGGCACUGGCACUGGCUAAUCACUGGAGAGACGAGAACCAGAGAAAAGACCAAAGGAAUAGAAAGGAUUUUUGGACUGCUCACUUGCAUGUGGAGCGUCACAGACUAAUCUCUGGAAGAGCUGGACAAGAGGGGAGGCACCGUGGCUUGUUUCAGUGGAUGAUACCUGACUAUUUCAUGGAUAGGUGAUUAAUUGUCUCAUCUUUUGGACUGUGGGGACAGACUACAUCCUGAAUAGCAAGCCUCCCCUUUCACUAUCUAUCCUAACAAACUGGCUAUUCAGAAAAUCUGUCCUACUCCUCCUCAUGUGGUGUGUCAGAGGCUGGGAUCUGGCUAAUAUCUGGACUCACUGAUUCAGAGCACCAUCGACACACUAACUGGACUACCUUCUGUAUUACAGCCUCCUCCUGCGACCAGGUUAAUCUCUGGAUCAACGUGUCUGGCAUGUUCUGCUUCUGCCUGCAGAGUUCCCUGCUGAAGCUUCAGGCGCUGGAGGUGGAGGGGGGCCCCUCGCUGGGUCCGUCCCCAGAGGAGAGCCCCCCUGCCCUGGGCAGCAAGGAGCAGAAGAGCCCCUGUGGGUCAGUGGAGCUUGGAGGGAAAGAUGGGAAGACGCUGGCUCUCUGCCACAGCGUCCCCGCUGAUGAAAACAGCCCCCCAGAGCUGCUGACAGUAGUGACCAGACCUCCACAGUCUCCCAGACAUCAGCCGUUUACCACCAUCCACCCUGGCCAGCAGCCCCUGACCCCCGAUGGAGUUCUGCCCCCCAGCCCUCACCACUCCCCCUACUCCCCGCAGAGGAGCAGCCCUGGAGGUGAGGGGGGAGGAGGGGGAGGCGAGGGAGGAUGUGGGGCUCUCCUCCAGCUCCUGGCGGGUGGCCCCAGCCCUCUGCCCUCCCCCCGCUGCUCCAGCCUCAGCCACAGCCUGAGGUUCAACUCCGACCCCGACACCGCACCGUCACCGCCCUGCAGCCAGCAGUACAUACAGUGUCGGGGUCGGGACCGGGCCGAGGGCUCGGAGGACCUGGAGUGUCCCUCCUCCAUCCCGUUCCUCACCAGACAGAUUCAGAUGCUGAAGAAGAAGGUCCGCAGGUUUGAGGAUCAGUUUGAGCAGGAGAUGAACUACAAGCCGUCCCACAACGAUAAAUACUCCAACCCAGAGAUGAUCCGAGUGAUGGGGGAACUGGCGAAGGCUCGCAAACAGCUCAAAGAGAUGAGGCUCAGACAGUCGGUGUUUGAGUCGAAGGAGCCAGACGGUCCAGGAAACACCUGCAGGUACGGCUCCGGCCAGCAGGGAGCGCCGGGCCACAAACCCACACUGGAGGAGACGGUGGAGUCUCUGUUCAGACGGCUGAGAGAGAAGAGACAGGCUCUGGGCCUGCCAGACAACAUGAAGGAGAUGACUCAGGCUCAGAUGGUGUUGGAGAAGAUCACUCUGCAGAAAUGUCUGCUCUACUUUGAGAGUGUACACGGGCGGCCGGGGGGUAAACAGGAGAAGAACCUGGUGAAGCCUCUGUACGACAGAUACCAGAUGAUCAAACGUUUACUGUGUGCCAGCCCGACUAUCCCCACUAUAGAAGAAGAAGAUGGUUCUGAUGAAGACUCAAUGAGCUCCUCGACAGUCGAAGAACUUCCCGUCCCGCCUCCUCGCAGAGCGGCACGACCUGCUGCCGGCGAGGAGGACAGCGACCGGGACAGUGACCCGGCCUUCGUGUCCCCAUUAGACGAGGUGAAAGCCGUCCAUCAACAACCUGCUCUCACCAUGGCCAACCUGCACGAAGCAUCCAGGUCUCAACUGCUGCAGUGUCUGCGGGAAACAAGGGCAGAGAAGAAGACGAGACGUAAAGUUCUGAGAGAGUUUGAAGACGAGUUUUACCGCCAGACUGGAAGAAUCUGUCAAAAAGAGGAUCGUACUCCGAUGAAGGAGGAAUACCAGGAAUACAAACAGCUCAAGGCGAAACUCCGUCUUCUGGAAGUCCUUCUAAGCAAACAGGAAGUCCCUAAAACCAUGUGAGAGGAAACUGAAGCUCCCCAAAACACUUGAAAACUUUUAAUGUUAUUAUCUGAGAGCAGAAAAGGUCUUUUUAUGUGCUUCUUUUCAGAGAAGAGGAAGUGGUGAAAGGAUUGUGUUUUGGCUGAGGCCACGCUUUUUCCUUGCCAUUAUUUAAAUACAGCCUAUUUCAGCUAUGUUAGCUGCAUAGCUCAAGAAAUAACAUCAGUCGGUUAUAGUUUGAUCAUCUUUUACCUCAUUAUUCAGUGUUUUGUUUUAGGUUCAAAGCCGUUAUAAUUUGUCACAUCCAUCAAGGAAUACGCUGAUUUAAAAGAAUAGUUCAACAUUUUGGGAAUCCAUUUAUCUGUUUAAAUUGAUACCACUCUCAUGUCAGUACAGUAAAUGUGAAGCUAAAGCCAAGGCUGGUUAGCUAAGCGUAGCAUAAAGCCUGGAAACAGCUAGCCUAGCUCCUAGCAUGCUACCGUGACAUACUAAAUGUGUCACAGAAACAUCUUAAUGUUAGUCUUGCGGACAUUAACCACCAUAUUUAAUGUUAACAUGCUAAAUGUUUCAGUCCAAUGUUAGCUUAGCCACAACUCAACAUGACUAUGCUAAAUGUGUUGUGCUAACAAAGGCACAACAUAACAUGACACAGCUGUAUGUAGAACAUAGCCAACAUACCAUGAUAAUGAUCAUAUAUGUUGGACCUUAAUAAUGAAAUGAUUACAUGCUAACAUGCUACCAUCAGUGUAAUAUAUUUCCAUAACACUGACUCUAACUUUAGCGGGUCAGCAUGAAACAUUGUAAUGUGCUCGCAGUUAUCACGUUAGCAUACAACAGGAAAUGCUACAUCCUAAAUGUUUCUUAGAUUUAUCUUGAUGUUGUGCUAUCAUGUUACAUUCACACUAACAUACGGUUUUAACAUACAAACAUUUCUAUUUAACAGUCCAAUGUUAGCUUAGACACAACUCAGCAUGACUCAGCUGUAUGCAGAACUAAUGCUAACAUAUCAUUGCUCUGCUAAUGUGACAGUUGUAAGCAUGUUGGGUGUUGAUAAGGAAAUGUUUACAUGCUAACAUGCUACCAUGACAUUAGCAUAGUAACUUUAACGUUAGCAUGAAAGGUUUAGGAUGUUGUAACCUGGUUAUCGUGGUAGCAUACACCAGGUAAUGCUAUUGCUGCGUUCAGUUGGUGUCAUGUUCACCGUGGUAUUCAAAACUUUCAAAUACAUUUUCUGAGCGCUCCGAGUUCAUGACUUUAUGUACACGAGUACCCAUGUCAUAAACACGAGCUCACGAGUUCCAUUUGAACGACACACGUUAGCAUUAAGUUCUACAUUGUCACAGAGAGUUGUGCCUAACCUAAUGUUAGCAUAUUAGUAUAACACAUUUAGCAUGUUAAGGUAGCAUUUUCACAUUCAAAUGGAUUACACCUUUAUGUUGUAAAGGACGCUCACAAGUUGGAGGAAACUUUAAUUUUUUUCUGUAACGUUACAUUUGUGAGUUUUGGACGAUAACAGACUUCUCACUACUUCCUCUCCAAACUGUAAAAUCUAUAAAUAACGUUACUCCAGAAAAGUUUUAUAAGGUAUAAAAAGAGAUCUGUCUGCCAUUCUGUCAGUGAAAACUUGCCUACCAGCAUCCUACAGUAUUUAUUUACCUGCAUCAAGUCUGAAUUUUGUACAACUGCAUUUAUUCCAGUCUGCAACGAUGAAGACGAUUCCAGAGGUAAAAUUAACUGCAGACAUGCGUUCCCUCCAUCUUGUUUGAGUUAACGGACCAAACUAUUUUUUUAUACGGGACUAAAUGUGUGUGUAUCGAACUGAGAGCACUUUAAUCUGUCACCGGGGGUUUGCAAGAUGAAGAAGAGAGUUUGGCUUCCUCUCAACAACAUUAAACAACAUUCAGAGUUUGCCUCUGAGGGAGCUGAUGAAGUUCAACUAAAAUGUGUGUUUGGACUAGAAACGUUUGGGACAAAGAUGCAAUGUACAACUUAUUGUUAGUCUUGUGUAUGUCAACAUAUGUUGGAAAAUAAUGCUUUGGAGAGAUGAAUGCAUUGGUAUAUAUAUAUAUAUAUAUAUAUAUAUCAUAGCACUUUAUGUUGAAAAAGGGAAAUUAUUUUUAUCCAAAGUCUAAUGUUUAAUAUGCAAUAUGGUCCGUUGUUAAAGAUCAGUGCUGGUGUUGGUGAACAGGCAGGUGAGCUAUUUCCUUGAGAGUGAAGAGGUUACAUCGCACCUACGGCAGCUACAUACGACAUUUCAGAAGUUACAUCGUCGCCUUCAAUGUGGCUGAUGCACUGUCAGGGCUGCACGGACUGUGAUUGGCUGCUUGUGUUUUCAUGUUUGUGAUGGAGCUUGUUGAGAGUGAAGAUGACAGGAAGGAAGUUAGAUUUAGUAGUUUUCUCCUUUUUAAAACAAACGUCAAACAGUGAUCAUACUGCAGACAUUUUGUUAAAUGCAAGCCGACGCUCGUCUCCAUGGUAACACAGAGAAAUCGUGCGUCAUCAUCUACGUCAUAUUUGUUGAUGUUGCUGCUACAGUGUAGAAAAGCACACCAAUCCCGAGCCCGAACAAUGGAGUCGACCCUCACAUUAUGGAACUACUACAGUUUAUAUUAUGGAGACAAGGUCAAGAACGACCUUCUCGCCUACCUUCCUACUGUACCACCCAUGGCCGUGCAGUUCAGAGGAUGAGAUGGGCGAGUGCUACAUGUACAGAUUUCAAGGGAGCCUAACGGUGCUGAGAUAUGCCUUUGCAACUCUACGUGCCGACUACUGCUCACGUUAAAAGCAGUCCACUUUCAGGUGUACUACGGUUGGUUUUCACACCUGAUGCGAACCGUACCAUAGUACACAUGUACCAAUUGACACAGGUCGGCACACUGACAGUGUUCACACUAAUUAAAACAACUGGAUGUUGGGGUCAGGUGUACUCAGAGCUUGCUCUGGGUCCCUGAUGUGAAAGCCUUCUGUGUUACAGACGUUUUCAUAUUACAUACGAUGCGACUGAUUUGUGAGUAUGACUGCUGGAAGUUGGAUCUUGGUCUGUCUGCCGCUCUGACUUUGCUGCCAUGUGAUAUAAAGGCAACAGUAUUAAAUUGAAACUGUUAAAAUGACUUGUAGUCACGUUCAAUAGCAGUGCAGUUCUUGUGUUUUGGUACAGUUGGUAUUCACACCUAAUGUGUACUGUACCAGGAUACACAUGAACAGAACUCAGGGUCACCUUUUCAAGUGGACUUGAGUCUGAUUGGCGUACUGUGCCCAGGUACAGUACACAGUGUUCACACUAAUCCAACGAACUGGACUUUGGGGUCAAGUGAACACAGAACCAAGAUGUGAAAACCUUCUGUCUCUUUAUCAUGAAGUCAAUGACAGAAUGUAAACAUGUUACUGUGGGGAAUAUAACACAUCAUGUAGAACACAUGCGUCUCGUGUUGCGGAGGUGAAAUCUGGUGCUCGACUGUAAAUCAAAACCUACGCAGUAGAUACAGCAGGACUCUUGUUAACCCCUACCGUCCAGUAUCAACCCAGAUUAAAUCCCGAGCUUCGUACGCUCACCUGUCAACAAGACAUCCUGAGAAGAAAAGAAAAUGAUGCAUUUUCAUCGCAAAACAUUGGGAAAACUAAAGAAACCUAAUGUCAAAUAGAGAGGGUUGAGUUUGGCCACCAGACAACAAACACCUGGAUAUAUGUGACAGAGGUGAAAUAUUUUGUGUAUCCUUGAUGUCGGUGGUAAAAUGUGUCUCAAACAUUUCCCACUGAGGUAAAAUCUUACGACGGUUUUCUGUCCCGAACUUUCAUGACACAUCAGUGUUGAUGUUAUGACCUUAUCAUGCCUGACUUCAUGCUGUGAUGAUUAAAAAGUCUCCUGUUGUUGUGCUGUUCUGGUUUGCUCGACAAAUUUCUAUACAGACGAGUUUAAAAUAAAUAUUUUUGCUAUCAACAGAAUUUUGUCAUUUUUAUUGCUAUAAAGUUACAUGCAGACGUUUGGGC